AUGUUAGAUAACUUAAAUUAGGAUGUCUCAAUUCUUUAGCCAUCUCUUUAAAUGACUGAUUCUUAAGUUCAAAAUAGAAUCAGACAAAUGAAAAUGGAAGAUCCAGAGGAACAGACUUGUUAUCAAAAGUUCUGUAAUUUAUUUACUAUAGAGUAAAUAAUUAUUAUAUUAUCAGAUAUUAUCGUGAAUAUUUUGAUGUUACUACAGAAUUGGUAAUAUCUAAAGUUGUUAAUUCAUUCAAUCCUUUUUCUGGAACCUUUUUUGAUAUCGGAGGUGGUAUACCUGAAUUGUAUGGACCAUUUUGGAUUUUAAAUACGUUAAUUUUCACAGUAGCAUUAUCUGUGAAUAUCAGUAAAUACAUGUAAUUACAACCAGGUGAACAUUUUGAAUAUUAAUUUUAAAUUGUUCCCUUUCUUGCUAUUUUCAUGUAUCUCAAAACUCUCAUUGUUCCAAUGAUAUAUAGAGUAGCACUUAAAUGUGUUUCAUAAGAUCGCCUCACUUUAUUACACUGUUUUACUAUUUAUGGUUAUUCAGCAGUUGUAAUGAUUCCUGUUUCACUCUUAAAUUCUAUUCCAAACCCUGUAAGUGAAUAUUUUUAUUAAAUAGGCAAUUUAAUGGAUGCUAUUAGUUUAUGUUUUAUUUGCUCAGACAUCCUUUUUGACUUCAAACUUUAAUCAAGAAUUAAAGUAUAUGCCUAAGGAAAAAAAAUACAUGAUCGUUGGAUUAGUUGCUGUUGUACAGAUUACAAUAAUGAUUCUGUAUAAGUUCUAUUUUUUCAGUUCAAUCAAUUAUCAACAAUUGGGACUAGUAAAAAGAAAAUCGCAUAAUCAUAUACUUUCACAUAUUUUGGGCGCUAAUUGACAAUAAUACUAUUUUAAUAU